AUGUACGGCUACGUGCUGGUGCUGGUGAUGCUGUUGGCUGCUGCCAAGGCUGCGCCUCCGCAGGCAGUGACGGCCAGUACGUCGACGACGGCCAGCGCGCAAGAGGUGUACGACUCGCUGCCCGAGGAAGAGCGCGAGCCAUUCCUGGCGUACGAACUGGCGCUGGGCCUGGACCAGGUGGCGAGGCGGAGCGCGCUGGCCAACAUCGGCGAUGACUCCCGCUCACUGGCCGACCAGUUGCACGACGAAUACGGCAUCCCCUACAACCUUCGUCUCAAGUUCAAGAAGCUGCCGGCCCCCAGUGACUUCGACAUCAAAAUGUAUGGCUGGGUGAAAAAGUCAACGGAUCCAACCUUCCAGCAGAUGAUGCAGCUGGCGGCUAGUGGUCGCUACUGCGUCGGCAGCGACACGUGCUUCACGCUUCAAGAACCCUUCGGCAACUGUUGCCCCUUCUGA